AUGUCAAGAUUUAUCCUUCAAAUUGCCGCAGUGGUUUGCCUACUUAUUUUCCUCAGCGGGAAAGGUUCAGCAAACGUUUGGCGACCAGCCGUAAAGGGCACUUUACCACCAAAUCCUGACGAUGAUUACUACCAGAGUAAGUUUUUCUUUUAAACUACAGAUAUCAAAAACUCUGGGGUGGGGUUCCUUUAACUCCCCCUUAUACCACGGUGGGGGUAUGAAUUUACAUGUACGUCCGAGGAAGAAAAGUACUUUUGCAGUCGAAAUUCAUUGCCAAAAAGGCGGCUAAGGUGUAAAUAUUGUUGGUUUUCACAUGACGCCACUAAAAUUCAAACUACAUAACUAUCGAUCCUACUGAGAUUUUACUUUCAUGAUGUAUUAGGGCAGCUGAAAACUAAUUUUCAUGCAAAUUUUCGCUUCAAAAGGGUUCUUGGUUUUGCGAUAGAGUACGCUUGAAUUUUUAAGCUUUUGCGUGACGUGGUAUUUACAGGACGGCCGGGAGAGCUGUCACGUAGGUUAAAAAAGUGAUGUAUUUCGGAGAAUUUUGCUCGUCUAAACAGUUCAUGGAUCAGAAAAAGUAUUACUUUAAUGUUUAUGAGUUCCUCGAGGAAUAAAUUCACGCUCUUGUACCAAAACUCAGUAACAGAUGUUUUUGUUGGUUUCCGUCCGCCAUGUUGGUGACCAUCCAGGUGGGCACCAGCAUGGCGUCUCCAUACAAAUCUCUAUAAAUUUGUGUAAAACAUUUCUUCGGAUAUCUCGUAUACGGAAUAUUCCUGUGACCUGAAUCUUGGCGAGGGGCUUUGUAUAUUUACCUCCUUUCAUUUCCCAGAUUUCGGACAAUAUCUAUUGAACGGUUUUGAUUUUGAUUUUGAUCUGAUUUUAAAUGACGUGACACUGAAAACCAGCAAUUAUAAUGAAGCCUUAGCCAAGUGUAACUGACUUAUCACAUCCUAUACUACUAGUAAAGCAUAAAAAAUCAUUAUAAUUUUAAAAUUUCAUUCGCAGCGUUUCAAACGGUUCCUCCCGCAAACAAAACUGCAACUAAGCUUCUGACUAACUUUUUGCGGAUCUCUGGGAAAUUUCCACUUGGACGCCGCAAAAGAUCAACUCGCAUUGAAGAUAUUGUGGUUGUUCUGGAUCGUUCCGGGUCGAUUGGAAGAUGUGAAUUUGGAAAAGGAAAGAAAGCUCUUAAAAACAUGAUGAAGGUGGCAAACGAAAACCGGAAUGUUGAUACCAAGUACGCUGCAGUUUCUUAUUCCAAUAACGCCGUAGUUAACUUCAAUUUUUUGCGAUACUCUACGGCGGCGAGAAGAAUAAUGCAGAUUCCUUAUGUAGGUGGGGGUAGCAACACUCAGGAUGGACUUGAGAAGGCAAAAAGACUGUUCGAGGACCCCUCGUCAGGUAUAUAUUUUAUAAUUGUCUUUCUUAGCAGGAAAGAAAUAAAACGCAAUUCAAUACAAAUCAUUCCUUUUCAAACAACUAAAAUAGAUCUGUUAGUGAAUAGUAUGGCGAAAAAGGUAUCAUGGAUGUAUCCGUUCUUAACUAGAUACGUGAACCGAGUAAAGAAACGAUCCGUGAUUUACGGGAUAUGAGGAUUUACCUGACGGUACGAAAAAUAAGUGGCCCUUUUUAUUAACUGAUUCAUAAUAGGGCUUUCAUUACUUUUGGAUACCCCUUUAGUAAACGGUUGAGAUAUGAAGAGCUAACCCUUACAGAGAUGAGUUGAAAAGUGACAGUUGGAUGCUGAUGGUAUUUAGAGAGCAACACUGAGAAGUUCGACUCCAGUUAUCUGAGCUAUUUAAUUUACCAUGAGGCUACAUUCAUUAUGAAUACUGCAGGGGGUAAGGGGGGAGAGAAAAUACUGAAAUUGAGAUUCCCUAUCUUGUCCAAAAGAAAAACAACAAGAACUACCUCCACCCAUUCCUCCCUCCCUUACACACGAAAGUAGAUUAUGCGCAAUGCAACUGCCGCCUAUUACCUUUCGUAAACGAUCGAUGCCACCAUUGGUAACCAAGCCUUUUGUUAUUAUAGACAUAAUAUAUUCCCCGGAUUAAGUUACAAUAAGACAAAUAAUACGUUUUUGAACGACCCGUGAAGCAAAGUUGAACUUGAGUUAAAAGUUAUGGAAAGGGUUAGAGUCACCUGUUAUUGAUGUAACAGCUAAGAAAGAAAGUUUGCUACUUAAAUACUUAAAUUUUUCGGUGGGUGGUAUAAAAAAGUAAAGGAGAAGGGGAGGGGGAAAUACUCGUGCACAACAUUCAAGUAUUCUUUUAUUCCCAGCUGCUUCCAAAUGUUGUUGGUACUUAUAAACAAAUAGUUUUUCUUCACCUCUAAAGGACGCCGUGUUAUUUCAAGAAAGAUGGUCCUUCUUGUCACCGAUGGCCAUUCCAACUCUCGCGAUCUAACUAUAAGUAAAGCUAAAGCCCUAAAAGGCAUUGGCAUAGACAUUUACGUUGUCGCUGUUGGAAGUCACAUUAAUGGCAUAGACGAGAUGGUGAAUGUUGCCUCCUCUCCGCCGGAGAAUCACAUGUUCAGAGUCCAAACACUCGGCGAUUUUUGGCAGGUCGUCAAAUUCAGGGUUAUCAGCCCAGUCAACCCCGGAGAAUACGCCGUCUUAAACGGCCAAUAUGAUCCUCUUUGCUAA